AUGGAUAGACUUGUGGACGAUACAGUGAGAAAUUGCGUAUCAUGCCAAGCGGAUUCACAGACAGUGACACCAGACCCAAUCAAAAUAACUCCGCUGCCAAAACGCGUGUUCCGUGAAGUUUCUGUUGAUUUUCUUGGACCUGAACCAAACGGUGAUUAUUUUCUAUUAAUCAUCUGUGAUUAUACACUCUAUCCGAUUGUCGAACGAUUGACUACGACAUCUGCAAAUGCAGUUUUACCCAGACUUGAAUCCGUUUUCGCCAUGUUCGGGAUUCCAGAAAUUCUUCGAUCAGACUCUGGUCCUCCAUUUCAUGGACAUUUAUUUUCGGAAUUUGCACGGAAAAUGGGAUUUAAACACAGGAGAGUUACACCAUUACACCCUCAAGCAAACGGCGUCGCUGAGAGAAUGAUGGCUUCGCUGUCCAAGGCCAUUCGUACAGCACACGUCUCUGGAGGAAAUUAUAGAACUGAAAUAAAUGAAUUCCUCAUGAAUUAUAGAAACACGUCACACCCAUCAACAAAUGUUAGCCCAGCUGAAUUGAUGUUUGGAAGGAAGUUAAAGACCAAACUUCCACAAUUUUCUGUAAGGCAGAAAGACCACAGAAUAAGACUAAGAGACAGAGAAACCAAACUAAAGAACAAACAAUAUGCUGAUAAAAAGAGAAGAGCGAAAAACAUUUCCCUGAAAAUAGGAGAUAAAGUUCUGAUUCGUAGGGAUAAAAGACAAAAUAAGCUCCAAACAGCGUAUCAUCCUGUCCCAGCACGUGUCAUUAAAAGAAAGGGAUCUAUGAUAACUGUAAAUCAACAGGGAAAGUUCAUUACAAGAGACAUAUCAUUUUUCAAGCUUCUUUGUGAGAAUCGGAGUUCACAAAAUCGGAGUUCACCUGUAACUGUUCACGGAAGGCAACAUCCAGUACGAGAUCUACCGGAAAUACCUUCACUCAGGCGUUCUAAUAGAUCAACAAGAAGGCCAGCGAAAUUUAAAGAUUAUACAUGA